UAUGUCAUCAAAAGGUUAAACCUUAAAAAUGCUUCCAGCCGAGAGAGGAAAGCAGCAGAACAAGAGGCACAGCUGUUAUCCCAGUUGAAACACCCAAACAUAGUCACCUACAGAGAGUCCUGGCAGGGAGAAGAUGGCCUGUUAUAUAUUGUUAUGGGCUUCUGCGAGGGAGGAGAUCUGUAUCACAAGCUUAAAGAUCAGAAGGGCAAACUUUUGCCUGAGAAUCAGGUGGUGGAGUGGUUUGUCCAGAUUGCCAUGGCACUGCAGUAUUUACAUGAAAAGCACAUUCUGCACAGAGAUCUUAAAACUCAAAAUGUUUUUCUGACACGAACAAAUAUAAUCAAAGUGGGUGACCUGGGAAUAGCCAGAGUGUUGGAAAACCAGUAUGACAUGGCCAGCACUCUCAUAGGCACACCGUACUACAUGAGCCCUGAACUCUUUUCUAACAAACCCUACAACUACAAGUCUGAUGUUUGGGCAUUAGGCUGCUGCGUUUAUGAAAUGGCUACGCUGAAACAUGCCUUUAAUGCUAAAGACAUGAACUCUUUGGUGUAUCGAAUUAUUGAAGGAAAGUUGCCACCCAUGCCAAAGGAUUACAGCCCACAGUUGGUAGAAAUAAUAAGAACUAUGCUCAGUAAAAGACCUGAGGAAAGGCCUAGUGUGAAAAGCAUAUUACGACAGCCAUAUAUCAAGCACCAAAUUUCUUUGUUUUUGGAAGCCACAAAAUCGAGAGCAGCCAGAAGUCAAAAGAGAACAGUGAAUUGUAAACCUAAAGAUCCUUGUUCUGUGGUCUCAGUAAAGAAUGAAUCUCAUAGCAAAAAAACACCAAAAUCAUCCUUUGAGCAAGCUAGGAAAUACGAAGUUAAUGAAGAAGACUACAUUAUCAAAUCUAAAGCCAUCAAAAUUUGUUCGUCAGAAAAACGAGCUGUUGAGUUGGAAAGCAAACCAAGCAGUAAUGAUUUGAACAACCUGGGAGACUCCUUAGCUACAGUUAGUGAUGUGAAUAUUGGUAUCUUACCACCAGCAAGGGUGAAGUAUGGAAGUGAGAAAUGUGGCAGUGAGCAUGUUCCAGAGAAUAAUAAAGCAAAGAGAAAUUUAAAUGUUCCAGGGAAUUCUAGAACAACAUCCAGUAGCCCACCAAUGAAGGAAGAUGGGCUACAGCAAAGAGCAAAGCAAGUCUUCAAAGCUGAAGAUGUUGAGUCUAAGCAGUCUUCUGUUCAUGCUACAGGAGAAGAUGGUGGCACGUUGAAACUCCUGCAGCCUGUGUCACGGGACCAAACGCAAACUGAUCUGAGCUUGGAUUCUACUGAAAAGCUGCUGGCACCACUUGUCCCUGUUUUAAUUCAAGAUGAUGCCUGUCAUGGAGCUUCUGGAGAUGCUCAGGAAAAAGUUACCUUCCACUUGCAGCCUCAUAGUUCUGUCAGUGAACCCUCUCUCUCACGGCAGCGACGGCAGAAGCAAAGAGAGCUUGCUGAAGUCUCUUCAGAGAAGUUCAGAACAGCUGCUCCCCAGCCUUUGCCUUUUCCUUCUGAUGUGAACACAAAGACAACACAGAGGUGUGCAGAGCAGCAUGGUGCUGAAGCUUCUGAAUCUCUAAAUGGUGCCAAAACCAGUCAAGGUGUCAUUUCAAAGGAGCGGCCCUUGUCAGCAAGAGAACGAAGGAGGCUCAGACAGUCUCGGGAGAUGUUUCCCUCUGUGAUUCCAGCAAGAGCAACGUCAAAUAGUGCAGUAGUUGAAGCAAAAUCACAUAUGGAAAAUCAUGUUACUCAGUCUUCAUCAGAUCCCAGUAUUUCUCAGAGAAAGAGAGAAACCCAUUGCCCAUCUGAUGAUGAGUUAAGCUCUUCCACAAGCUCUACAGAUAAGUCUGAUGGUGAUUCCAAGGAGAGAAAAAGCAACAUGAACGAGAUGAAUGACUUAGUGCAGCUAAUGACGUGGACACUGAAAAUGGACUCAAAGGACAAUUCUGUAAACUGUGCAACCUCAACUCCAGCCCCAGAGUUUAAACUUCAUAGAAAGUAUCGAGACACUUUGAUUUUGCAUGGAAAAUCACCUGGUGAAUCAGAGGAAUUAAAAUGUGAAGAUAUUUCUUCAGAUAUGUUGUCAGUUCCUAACAAGAUUAGGAGAAUGGUUGAAAUCCUGAGAUCUGAUGUGGUACAAGGACUGGGAGUGAAACUUCUUGAGAAGGUGUACAGCAUCAUGGAAGAAGAAGAUGAAGUGAAGAGAGAGCUGCAGCUGCGGGAGCAUAUGGGAGACAAGUAUGUGAGUUACAGUGCCAAGGCACGACAUCUGAAGUUUCUUGAAGAAAAUGUGAAGUUCUGACCAGACCCUUUGCCUCAGAGAAGAGGACUGACUGGUUUAUAGCCCAUUUGAUAGACUGGACCAGCUUACAGAGCACAUUUAUCCAUUGGCCUCCUUUGCUGGA